GAGAGAAAUAGAGAGGGAAUCAUGUUCUUGUUAUGAGGUGGGGGGAGAGCAGCCAUGGCCAGGCAAAGCCUCCUUCUUGUCGAUAAUUUCUACAACAAUAUUCUGAAUCAACUCAAUACAAACACAUCCUCUCUAUCACAAGCCCAACGAGCUCAUGCCAACAUCCUCAAAACAGGGCUUUCCAACAAUACCCAUCUCAACACCAAGCUUCUCUCUUUCUACGCUCACCACCUCUGCUUUUCCGACGCAGCUCUCGUCCUUGAUUCAAUCCCUGAACCGGAUGUCUUUUCCUUCUCCACUCUCAUAUCUGUUUGUGCCAAAUUCGAUCGCUUCAAUUACGCUAUUCGUGUCCUCCGCCGAAUGCUCUCCCAUGGCCUCCUGCCCGAUAAUUUCGUCCUCCCUAGUAUGCUAAAGGCCUGCGCGGGCCUAUUGUCUCUUCGGAUAGGGCAGCAAGUCCACAGCCUUGCAUCUGUUACUGGGUUUGCUUCAGACUACUUCGUACAAUCUUCCUUGGUUCACAUGUAUAUUAAAUGUGGUGAGGUGAAAGAUGCUUAUAAAGUGUUUGAUAGAAUGACACAUAGAAACGUGGUUAGUUGGAGUGCUAUCAUUGCUGGUUAUGCUCGACUAGGAUACAUAAAUGAGGCAAAGGAACUAUUCAAUGAGAUGAGGUGUUCAGGUGUGGAACCCAGUCCUGUAUCAUGGAAUGGUUUGAUCUCGGGUCUUCACCAUAGUGGUUUAUCCUCUGAAUCGGUUGUGGUUCUGCAGGAGAUGCAUUUGCAAGGGUUUAAGCCCGACGGGACUAGCAUUUCUAGUGUUCUUUCUGCAGUGGGGGACUUGAAAGAACAGGAUGUUGGGGUUCAGAUCCAUGGCUACGUGAUCAAGCAGGGUCUUGGGUCGGACAAGUGUGUGGUUAGUGCACUUCUCGAUAUGUAUGGCAAGUGUGGGUGCACCUUAGAGAUGAUGCUGGCAUUCGACGAGGUGGCUCAAAUGGACUUGGGUUCAUGCAAUGCCCUGGUUGCUGGGCUUGCUCGGAAUGGUCAUGUUGAAGAUGCAUUGAGAGUGUUUAGGCAAUUUGAAGACCAAGGGAUAGAACUGAAUGUUGUAUCUUGGACAUCGGUAAUUUCAUGUUGCACUCAAAAUGGGAAGGAUAUUGAAGCUUUGAAGCUCUUCAGAGAGAUGCAGGUUGCAGGAGUGGAGCCCAAUUCUGUCACAAUCCCAUGCUUGCUUCCAGCCUGUGCCAAUAUUGCAGCCUUAAUGCAUGGGAAGGCAGCUCACUGCUUCUCCCUCAGGCAGGGAAUUUCCGAUGAUGUGUAUGUGGGCAGCGCGUUGAUUGAUAUGUAUGCAAAGUGUGGGAAAAUUGGAGAUGCUCAGCAUUGGUUCGAUAUGAUGCGUACUACAAAUUUGGUCUGUUGGAAUGCAAUUGUGGGUGGAUAUUCUAUGCAUGGAAAGGCUAAAGAGGCUAUCAAGUUAUUCCAUUUAAUGCAGAGGAGUGGACAGAAGCCUGAUGUUAUCAGCUUUACAUGUGUCCUAUCUGCUUGCAGCCAGAAUGGCCUUAUAGAAGAGGGGCGGUACUUCUUCAAUAGCAUGACUACAGAGCAUGGAAUUGAAGCUAGAAUGGAGCACUAUGCUUGCAUGGUUAAUCUCCUUAGCCGUGUUGGAAGGCUUGCAGAUGCUUAUGCCAUGAUUAAAGAAAUGCCUUCCGAGCCAGAUGCUUGUGUUUGGGGAGCAUUGCUCAGUUCUUGCAGAGUAUAUGGCAAUGUCAGCUUAGGGGAAGCUGCAGCUGACAAGCUCUUCAAGUUGGAACCAAGCAAUCCUGGGAACUAUGUUCUUCUCUCUAAUAUUUAUGCUGCCCAGGGCAUGUGGAGUGAGGUAGAUAGAGUGAGAGAUAUGAUGAAAAGAAUGGGGUUGAGGAAGAACCCUGGUUGCAGUUGGAUUGAGGUCAAGAACAUGGUGCACACACUUAUGGCGGGGGACAAAUCACAUCCUCAAAUGAAUCAAAUUAUUGAGAGACUGGGAAGAGUGAGCAUGGAGAUGAAGAAAUUAGGUUACCUUCCGAAUACUGAAUUCGUGCUUCAAGAUGUUGAGGAACAGGACAAGGAGCAGAUAUUAUGUGGGCAUAGCGAAAAGUUGGCUGUAGUGUUGGGGCUUCUGAACACUCAUGCAGGCUCCCCACUUCGAGUAAUCAAGAACCUUCGAAUUUGUGGUGAUUGCCAUGUUGUGAUAAAAUUUAUAUCCAGCUUCGAGGGGAGAGAAAUAUUUGUCCGAGACACCAACCGUUUUCAUCAUUUCAAAGAUGGUGUGUGUUCUUGUGGGGACUACUGGUAGGCAGUCUUUAUAUACUAGUAGGGUGGCCAUAUCCUUCAUGAAAAAAUUAGCAGUGUUUGUUGAGGAGAUCGACAUGGAAAAUGACUACUGCCACAGACCCAUUACUCAAUGAUGGUGUGGCAACUGGUUCA